AUUACGACUUGCUAACUUCGCUGUCAUUUCUGACAGGUGACGUGAGAGUAUAGGUUUUUAGAAAUGACCAUCAAACAGCGGGACCGAGCGGACGGUGAUGACGAUCCGGUUGAAUCCAUGCUCAAGAAGUCCGGCUGUCUCGAACUGCAUUACAAAGUAAUGGAAUGUAUAAAUUCGACUAAAGACUGGAGGAAAUGUCAAGAAGAAGUGAACGAGUUCAGGAGUUGUGUCAGCAAACAUAAAGAGAGUCAAACGAGACGGCAAUGAUUAAUUUAGCUUAACUAUUGUUAUUUUGUUAAUAAGUUGAUUAUUGUAGUACAAGUGAUUUGUUUUAAUAUUUAAAUAAAUGUUGCCAUAUGAGAAAAAUAAAAGGUCUCAUUAAAAUAAAA